CACCUCCCUCACCUCAGAUCAAUCACUCUUCCUCUCCCACUACCACCACCGCGUGCACCCGCCAUUGCCUGUCGGAGCUAAGAGGACGUGCAGGGGUGCUAGCUAGUUAUGAUGGAGCUGCGCAAGUACUGGGGUGUGGGGGGCAGGCGGUGCGGGGCGUGCGAAGGGGCGGCGCCGGCGGCGGUACACUGCCGGGACUGCGCCGGGUACCUGUGCACGGGGUGCGACGCGCGCCCGGCGCACGCGCGGGCGGGACACGAGCGCGUCUGGGUGUGCGAGGUCUGCGAGGUCAGCCCCGCGGCCGUCACGUGCAAGGCCGACGCCGCCGUGCUCUGCGCCGCGUGCGACGCCGACAUCCACCACGCCAACCCGCUCGCCGAGCGCCACGUGCGCGUGCCCAUCGCGCCCAUCGGCUCCCCCGAGGCCGCCGCGGUGGCGGCCGAGGCCAUGAUGUUCUGCGGCGCCGGUGACGGGGAGGCUAGGGCGGAUCAGGACGAGGUGCCCGAGCAGCUGCGCCAGCACGGGGGCAUGCUGAACCUCAACGUGGAGGCCGGCAAGGAGGGCGGGAAGAUGGACUACCUCUUCUCCGACCUCGUCGACCCCUACCUCGCCGUCGACUUUACGCGCUUCGCCCACGCUGACAGCGUCGUGCCCAGCGGGGUCGCCACCGCCGCGGUACCCGCCGUCGUGGACCUGGACUUCGCGUGCGGGAUCCCCGCCAAGCCGCCGCCGACCUACAGCUCCUCGUACACGGCCAACGCCUCCGGCGCGCACAGCGGCUCUUCAUCGGAGGUCGGCGUGGUGCCGGAGGCCAUCUGCGGCGGCGUUGGGAGCUUCGAGAUCGACUUCACCCGGCCCAAGCCGCAGGCGUACAUGCCCGCUUACACCGCGGCGCCGCCGAGCCACGGCGUGAGCAUGCAGCAGGCGUCGCCGGUGGACAUGGGGUACUUGACGGUGCCGGAGCGUCCGGUGGCGGUGACCGGCGAGGGCAGGGUGGCGAGGCUGAUGCGGUACCGGGAGAAGAGGAAGAACCGCCGGUUCGAGAAGACCAUCCGGUACGCGUCCAGGAAGGCCUACGCCGAGUCGCGGCCGCGCGUCAAGGGCCGCUUCGCCAAGCGCGCCGACCAGGACGCCGACGGCGACGACUUGGACGCGGAGGCCCAUGCCGUGCCGUCUUCCACCUCCUACUUGCUCGACUUCGGCUACGGCGUCGUGCCGUCCUUCUGAUCCGCCGGCCCGGCGCCCCGGCCGGCCGCCUUGUACAUGUACCAUUGAUGCAUGUACAGUAGUAGGGGACUAGUAAGCCAUGUACUCCUCCUGAGCUAGUUCGAUCGCGCUAGUGAUGUACUAGUAAUACUGUAAACUGUAACAGUGUAGUACUUUGGCCAAUAUGGUCGUUUAUUUUUGGAUGGCCGAAACUAGUAGCCCAAACAUAUGGAUCAUCAAUCAUUAUUAUCUUCUAAGUUUAUGACGAUUAUGUUCAUCUAUCGACAAAACAAGGCUCGAUAUGAUCGAUCGCGAA